UUUGUUGCGAACCAGGAAGCUCUUCUAUCAAAAUUGGGCGUGUAGCACAACGUUCAGAGAUAAAUAAAUUGCUUUUUCAUACACUGGACUUUUAUAAGCGUAAAUCAAUAUACAGUUCAACGUAGACCUUUCACGGCGGAGAAACAAAAGGAUAUUUUAAAAACAGGAUCCUGCAUGAUCGGCGUGUUGUGUAGCGAUGGCGUUGGAGGAAGGGGCGCGGAGCUGUCUGAUGCGCUUUCGCCACCGGCUGGAGGACGACAUCAAGCCCCCCUACCUGAUGGACCACAUGGUCACUGACGGCGUGCUGACUGGCGACGAGGAGGAGAGGAUAAAGAAUCAGCCCUCCAGGAAGGAUCAGGCUGCGGCUCUGCUGGCGCUGCUGCUCAUGAAGGACAACCGUGCUUACAUCUCCUUCUACAAUGCAAUGGUCCAGGAGGGAUACAACGAUUUGGCUAAUCUGCUUCAUCGUGACCUCCCACUCGGGUUACCUGAGGGUCUCAAGCGCUCCACUGAUUGCUGCACGCCUUACGUGCAGACAGUGCUCAGUGAGGGGGGCGUCCCACAGAGGCCGGUGGUGUUUGUCAGCAGACCAGAGCUUGUGAACCGCGUCAGGGAGAAACUCUACCGGCUGCAGAAGGAGCCCGGCUGGGUCACCGUCUUCGGCAUGGCCGGCUCGGGAAAAUCUGUCCUGGCUGCUGAGGCGGCCAGACACCAUGGGCUCAUCGAAGACUGCUUUCCCGGUGGAAUCCACUGGCUGUCCAUCGGCCAGCUGGACAAACCAGACCUGCUGGUGAAGAUCCAGUCAUUGUGUUUCCGUCUGGAGCAGAGCCUUGACUCCCACCCCCUCCACCGGCCCCCCAACUCUCUGGACGAGGCUAAGGAGCGUCUGCGCUUCCUCAUGUUGCGCAGACAUCCAAGAUCCCUCCUGAUUCUAGAUGACAUCUGGGACAGCACAGUGCUGAAGGCGUUUGAUCUCCACUGUCGGAUACUUUUUACCACCAGAAACAGAAGCCUUGCUGACUCUGUUAGUGGCUCCAGAUACGAGGUGGAAGUGGAAAGUGGUCUGGAUGAAAACAAGGGACUGGAGAUCCUUGCCCUGUACACUAAAACCAAACUCAAGGGACUUCCCGAGGAGGCUCGCAGCAUUGUCAGAGAAUGCAAAGGUUCCCCACUGGUGGUGUCCCUUAUCGGGGCUCUACUCCGAGAGAAACCCAACCGUUGGCGCUACUACCUCGGCCAGUUGCAGCAGAAGCAGUUCAAGCGAAUAAGGAAGUCAUCGUCUUAUGACUACGACGCCCUCGACCAAGCCAUGGCAGCGAGCAUCGAAGUCCUACCAGACGAACAUCGAGAAUUCUACAAGGACCUAACUGUGCUGGAGAAGGACACCAAAGUCCCUGCAAAGGUGCUGGCUGUUCUGUGGGACCUGGAGACGGAGGAGGUGGAGGACAUUCUCGAGGAGUUUGUCAACAAGUCUCUGCUAUUCGUGGACAGUCACAAUAAACCUUUCCUGUACUACCUCCAUGACCUCCAGCUGGACUUCCUGGUGGAGCAGAAUCGCACCCAGCUCGAGAGCCUCCAUAGUAAAGUGGUGCAUCAGUACCAGCAGCAUUACAAAGAUGCCCACUCCACCUCAGGAGAUGAAGAAUGUCUCUACUGGAUCAGAUUCCUGACCUACCACAUGGCCAAAGCCAACCUCUUCCAGGAGCUGUACUCGCUCAUGUUCUCUCUGGACUGGGUCAGCACCAAGGCCCAGUUGAUGGGUCCGGCUUACCUCAUCAAUGACUACGUGGAGUAUGGACCCAUUCUGGACAAAGAGAACUCUGAGACGCGGAGUCAAUUCCAGGAGUUCCUCUCUCUGAACGGCCACCACCUGGAGCAGCGUCCGUUCCCUGACGUGGUGCAGCUGGCUCUGUCUCAGCCACGCACAUCCGAGGUCUACAAACAGGCUCUGCUGCAAGCACGUGACCGGGCCACAACGGGGAAGCUCUACUUUGAGUGGCUGAACAAGGGCAGUGUAGAGAGUCUGUCCCGACUGGUGAUCCACCCGCACCAGGGCUCCAUCUACUCCGCCUGCUUCUCGCAAGACGGAGCCAAGAUCGCCUCCAGUGGAGCCAGCAAGAUGCUCAAGGUGUUUAAAAGCACCUCUGGGGAGAAGCUCAUGGAGAUCCAGGCCCAUGACGACGAGGUGCUCUGCUGUGCCUUCUCCCCUGACGACCGUCUCCUAGCGACCUGCUCCAGCGACAGGAAAGUCAAGGUGUGGAACGUGGAGAGAGCCAUGCUGCUCAGGGUCUUUGAGGAGGAGCACGAGGAGCAGGUCAACCACUGUCAGUUCACCAACUCGACGACGCCACGCCUGCUGCUGGCCACCUGCUCCAACGACAAGGUCCUGAAUACCAAGCUUUGGAACCUCAACAAACCGUCGUCCCAGAACACCAUCUUUGGCCACUUUGAGCCGGUCAACCACUGCUGUUUCUCCCCCAGUGACACCUACCUGUCCACGUCCUCCAACGACGGCACCGUUAAGCUGUUCCACACGUCGUCCGCCAACGAGUGGAAGACCAUCAAUGUGAGAGACGCGUUUGCAGAGAGUGAUGAAGAGGUCCUCGUCAAGUGCAGCACCUGGACGGCUGACGGCAAACGCAUCAUAUGUGCAGCCAGGAACGCUGCUCUGGUGUUUGACGUGGAGACAUCGGACAUGUUGCUGGAGAUCAGAACGAAUCGCCUGAGCACGGUGCAAUAUUGUCACGCCUGUCCCACCAGUAACCUGCUGGCGAUCGCGUUCUCAAACUACGCCGUGGAGCAGUGUGUGUUACAGCUAUGGGACCUGGAGGCCAACAAGAAGAUGGCGGACUGCAGUGGCCACCUGAGUUGGGUGCAGCGUGUCCAGUUCUCUCGUGAUGGCUCACAGCUGCUCUCCUGCUCCGACGACCAGACUGUCAGGUUAUGGGAGACGAACAAGGUGCACACCACCUCGGCUGUCUGCCUGAAAAGAGACUCCGACGUUCUCUUCAACGACGAAGAAAUCAUAGUGUCCGCUGCAGACAACUGCAACCGACUGCAGGUUCGCGACGGCCGGACGGGAUCCGUGUUGUUCCAGUCGGAGGAGAAGCCGUCCAGGAUCCGGUGUACGUCCAUGUGCAGACAGCCCUCCGCUGUGGCCCUGGGCCAGGAAGAUGGCACCGUGCAGGUGCUGCAGGUUCCCUCUGGGAACCUGCUAGCGACGCUGCUCGGACACACCAAGACGGUGCUUCACUGCCGGUUCAGCCAGAGCGGCAAGACCCUCCUCACGUCCUCCGAGGACACCACCAUCAGGGUGUGGAGGUGGCAGUCUGGGGAGUGCAGAGUGCUGCAGGGUCACAAGGAGCAGGUCAGAUGCUUCUCUCUUCUCCCCGAUGACGCCAAACUGCUGUCCUGGUCCUUUGAUGGCACUGUCAAGAUGUGGGACGUAGAAAGUGGAGCGAAGCUGCAGGACAUCGAGGCGCACCGGGGCGCCAUCCUGUCCUGCCGCGUCUCGCCUGACGGAUGCCUCUUCGCCACCACCUCUGCCGACAACACAGCUAAGUUGUGGCACUGUGAGACCUGGAAGUGCGUCCACACGCUGAGCGGCCACCGAGACUGCGUCCGAAGCUGCCGGUUCUCCUGGGACGGCCGCCGCCUCGCCACGGGAGACGACAAUGGGGAGAUUCGGCUGUGGAGCGUCAUGGAGGGCACUUUGCUGAGGAUCUGCUCGCGUGACGGAAAAGACUGCAUGGACUCGCUCCACGGAGGCUGGGUGACCGACCUGCACUUCUCCCCGGACAACGGCCUGCUGGUCUCCACUGGCGGCUACAUCAAGUGGUGGGACGUGGAGACGGGCGAGGCCUUGCAGACCUUCUUCACCACGGGGACGGCGUUGAAGAGGAUCCACGUCUCAUCCGACUUCUCCACCUUCGUCACCAUCGACAGCAUCGGCAUCCUCUACGUCCUGCAGCGGGUGGUGUGAGACACUGCUGCCGGAGACCUCCAUGUACGCGGUUACCCGACGUACGCACUUUGGGAAUGAAAUACUCAUCGUCUGCUGGGAGUGUAGAUGAACAGUCGGCCCUCGAGGAGUGUCGAGAUGUAGAGUGGAGAUGCAAAUAUUGAGCUAAAUCGCUCUCUGAAAAAGAGCAAAGCAACAUGCAGCCUUUGGUACGAUCAGGCCUUUAAAUCGUUAAUGUCACCAGGGUACCGAUAUGUCAUCCUGGCAUUAAAUGUGAACAAUAGUUGUUAAUCCGUGUGGCAUCAGAACAUUAUUGCAUGUGAUCUGUGAUAUCGAGUACUGUACGUCCGUUGCUCUAUUAGAAAUAAUGAAGUGCAUUUGACGCGUCUUUGCUGUGAUGUUUUAGAACUUCCAUCUUUGCGUUUGAGGGUUAAUCUUGUGCGUCCGGUCUAUAAACAGUUUUGGGCCUUUUAUUUACACUGCGGCCUUAAUCUGAAUGUAAAUACUGGAGGGCGUGUAUGUUCUGUGCACAUGGCUUUUGCCUUUUCUAUCCACCAGCAUAGACCGAGGCUAUGGUGCUUUUUGGAGAGAUUUAAAUUUUAACAAUCAGGCUUUAAAUAAUAAUUUGAAUACAUUGAAUAAUCUUUUGAAAGCUGGCAAUCUGUACAGCCAAAUUGUUGUGUACUUUCGAUCAGAUGGUUUCUGUAUGUGAUUUAUAAUGUAGUUUCCACUUGCAAAUGUUUAAGGGCACUUUUAGUGCCGUAUUAACUUUAUAUUAAGUUCUUUUUAUCACUCUGUACAACUUUUUACACACUUUUCUCUACUCGUCGUCCAACUGAGCCUUUUACUGUCCGCAGCACUUUGAAGCAAGCGUUACAAUCUUUAAUUGAGGAGUUUGCUAAUGUAGCUUUCAUCAGACACAUAUAAAAAAAAGGUCUUUACUUUCAUAUGACAAUACGGAUGAGACCGCAGAGAUGAUACAGACUCCAAACACUUCUGAACAAUGCCACUGUCCUUUUCACGUUGUGCUCUUCCAGAUUGGUGCUUUAAAGUCAAUGUAAAUCAAAUCGACAGUUUUACUUGAGGAGGUGAGGAGGUCUCUGAAUUUAAAAAUACUGCUGAAAUAUUGAUGUGCUCAGGACGUAUUGAUUCUGUUAUGUACAGUGUUGUGUAAUGUCAGUGAAUUUUAUAUUAAGAUUAAACUUCACACACUACGAUGAUGA